UUCUCAUCAAAAGAAAAUAAAAGCACAAGUUUUUCCUUCACCUUCUCUUAAUCCAGUAAGAAAGAGAGGUGGUGUGAAAUUAAGUCCAACACAUUGCCGAUAGUUGGUGGGAUUUCAGGGGGAGGAAUGACAGGUUCUAGUGGCGGCCCCCUAAGGGGUCGUCUUUGGCCUCAAUUGGCAGUGGCAUUGACUAUUCUCUUUGUUGCGAGCAAUGUAGGUUCAGUCUCAGGAGAUGCUUAUGUUUACAGUUCUCCACCUCCACCACCGUAUCUAUACAAGUCUCCACCACCUCCUUCUCCAUCUCCACCACCUCCUUAUGAGUACAAGUCACCACCUCCUCCAUCACCAUCCCCACCACCACCAUACAUGUAUAAGUCUCCACCACCUCCAUCCCCAUCCCCACCACCACCAUACAUGUAUAAGUCUCCACCACCUCCAUCCCCAUCCCCACCACCACCAUACAUGUAUAAGUCUCCACCACCUCCAUCCCCAUCACCCCCUCCACCAUACAUGUAUAAAUCCCCACCCCCACCAUCCCCAUCCCCACCACCACCAUACAUGUACAAGUCUCCACCCCCUCCAUCCCCAUCACCCCCUCCACCAUACAUGUACAAGUCACCACCACCACCCUCUCCAUCCCCACCACCACCAUACAUGUACAAGUCACCACCACCACCUUCACCAUCACCACCUCCACCUUAUAUAUAUAAAUCUCCUCCACCCCCUUCUCCAUCACCACCACCUCCCUACUACUAUAAAUCACCUCCACCCCCAGUACAUUCUCCUCCUCCACCAUAUUACUACAAGUCACCACCACCACCUUCUCCCUCACCACCCCCACCAUAUUAUUACAAGUCUCCACCACCACCCAAAAAAUCACCACCUCCACCAUAUUACUAUAAGUCACCACCUCCUCCCUCACCAUCACCACCCCCACCAUACUACUACAAGUCCCCACCUCCACCUAAACAUUCACCACCUCCACCUUAUUACUACAAGUCACCACCACCACCCUCACCAUCACCACCCCCACCAUACUACUACAAGUCCCCACCUCCACCUAAACAUUCACCACCUCCACCAUACUACUACAAGUCACCACCUCCACCCUCACCAUCUCCUCCUCCUCCAUACUACUACAAGUCUCCACCUCCUCCUUCACCGUCUCCUCCACCACCAUACUAUUAUAAAUCUCCUCCACCACCUUCUAAAUCUCCUCCACCUCCUUAUUACUACAAGUCUCCCCCACCUCCAACUAAGUCUCCACCUCCUCCAACACCAUACUACUAUAAAUCCCCACCACCACCUUCACAUCCUUUACCACCACCCUAUUAUUACAAAUCUCCACCACCACCUAAAGCUUUACCUCCUCCAUACCACUACACUUCUCCACCUCCACCUGUCAUUUACCCUCACCCCCACCACCAUGAUUUAAUGGUCAAAGUGGUAGGAAAGGUUUACUGCUACAAAUGUUAUGACUGGGGAUAUCCAGUGAAGUCACAUGAUAAAAAGCAUCUAAAAGGUGCCGUGGUGGAGGUAACAUGUAAAGAAGGUGCAAAAAAGAUCAAGGCCUAUGGUAAAACCAAAAUCAAUGGAAAAUACAGCAUCACACUGAAAGGUUUCAAUUAUAGCAAAUAUGGAGGCAAGGCAUGCAAAGCCAAACUUCACAUGGCACCAAAGGGUUCACCAUGCAGCAUCCCAACUAAACUACACUGGGGUAACAAGGGUGCCUCUCUAAAGGUGAAGUCCAAGACAAAGUAUGAAGUUGUGCUCUCAGCUAAACCGUUUGCUUAUGCUCCUAAGACCCCUUACAAGGAGUGUGAGAAGUCCAAGCCCACUCCUGCUCCAUACUACUACAAGUCACCUCCACCUCCUCCUCCAACUUACAUUUAUAAGUCACCACCACCUCCACCUUAUCUUUACAAGUCACCCCCUCCACCACCAUAUAUUUAUAAAUCACCACCACCACCAACUCAUUCCCCACCACCACCAUAUUACUAUAAAUCACCACCACCUCCUUCACCAUCCCCACCACCUCCAUACUAUUAUAAAUCUCCACCACCACCAUCUCCAUCACCACCACCACCCUACUACUACAAAUCGCCUCCACCACCUGUACACUCUCCUCCGCCACCAUACUACUACAAAUCACCUCCACCUCCAGUUCACUCUCCUCCCCCACCAUACUACUACAAGUCUCCACCUCCACCAUCUCCACCACCACCAUACUACUACAAAUCACCCCCACCACCAGUUCAUUCUCCUCCACCACCAUACUAUUACAAGUCACCACCUCCACCGGUUCAUUCUCCUCCUCCACCAUACUACUACAAGUCACCUCCACCACCGGUUCACUCUCCUCCCCCACCAUACUACUACAAGUCACCGCCUCCACCAUCUCCAUCACCACCACCACCAUACUACUACAAGUCACCACCUCCACCGGUUCAUUCUCCUCCUCCACCAUACUACUACAAGUCACCUCCACCACCGGUUCACUCUCCUCCCCCACCCUACUAUUACAAGUCACCGCCUCCACCAUCACCAUCACCUCCCCCACCAUACUACUACAAGUCACCACCCCCGCCGGUUCACUCUCCUCCCCCACCCUACUACUACAAGUCACCACCUCCACCGUCACCAUCACCACCACCACCAUACUAUUACAAAUCACCUCCUCCACCGUCGCCAUCUCCUCCACCACCUUAUUAUUACAAAUCCCCACCACCUCCAUCCCCAUCCCCUCCACCCCCGUACUAUUACAAGUCACCACCACCACCAUCACCAUCACCACCACCACCGUACUACUACAAGUCACCCCCUCCACCAUCGCCAUCUCCUCCUCCACCCUACCACUACAAGUCUCCCCCACCACCCUCUCCUUCACCACCACCUCCAUACUAUUACAAGUCUCCCCCACCUCCCUCACCAUCUCCUCCACCACCCUACUACUACAAAUCCCCACCUCCCCCCUCACCAUCUCCUCCACCCCCAUACUACUACAAAUCCCCUCCUCCACCAUCUCCAUCACCUCCACCACCUUACUACUACAAGUCUCCUCCACCACCAUCUUCAUCUCCCCCUCCUCCAUAUGUCUACAAGUCCCCACCUCCCCCUUCACCAUCACCACCUCCUCCCUACUACUACCAUUCACCUCCCCCACCAGUGAAAUCACCUCCACCCCCGGUUUACAUUUAUGCUUCUCCACCACCACCAACACACUACUAGGCUCGAAAAACUCCUCCAUUCAUCACAGAAAAUCAAGUUUUAGUUUCAGCAACGUAAUAAAGGAAGGCUCCAAUAGCGAAAUGUGUAGAUACGAAGCAUCCUAUCCAAAUCCAUUCAAUAAGGGUCUAAGUUUUGCGUCAGAAAGCUACAAGUUUUACCAUUCUCCAGUCUCAAACUUCAACGUGACAAUCUUGCACAUCAUCAUCUUAUUAUGUUCAAAUAUUGGUUUUGGCUUCAAAAUGUUCCCUAUCUAUGCCUUCUCAAGAUUAGGAAGUGAGAUGGGAGAAGAAGGAGACCCGGAUUUGGAAGUGGGCUUUUAAUUAGCAGAAAUUGUUUGUUUGUUCUUAAUUUCUUUUUAAAUUAUUGAUCAAAUGGGGGGUUCCAUCUAAUUUAUUUACUGUUUGUGCUACCGUACAGCCCAGUUUCAUCUGGGUUCUAUUUAUUGUGGGCAGUUGUUGUUUCCUGGACCUUCUUGUGCUUUGCAACGAGGUUGUUCGUAAUAAAAGACCACCUUCCUCUUCUGUCGCAA